UUACAUAACAUUUUACGAUUUAACUUUUUGUAUACGUGUUAAAAUUUAAAAAUCGUUACGUGUUUGUUAUCGCAACUUAGUGAAAUGUGACCACCGAUAAAAUAAAGAUAAGGCCCCCAUACAAUAAAUCUUACGAGUGUUUUUUUCCAAGCAGUAAAACUUGUUUUCGCAAAAAACUUGUCGGCACUGGAACCAGAAUUAAUACUAGAGUUAUUUAUUCAUCAUCAUUUCCUAACAAUGCUUUUGGGUGUAGUUUUAACCGUGCUUUGCUUGCCGUUCUUGUGGUGGUAUUUUUUUCUGCAAAAAUUUAAAUCUCUGAGUGCCAUUCCUGGUCCGAGACCUCUUCCACUUAUUGGAAAUGCACUGGAUGUUGGUGACACUCCCACAGCUUUGUUUAACAACUGCGCGAAAUUACUAGACCAAUAUGGAGACAUUUUCAAAGUAUUCAUCGCCAAUGAAUGCAAAGUUUUCAUUGCGAAUGCAGAUUUUCUCGAGGAAAUCAUGACUUCGAAUGUCCACAUCACGAAGUCAAACGGGUACUACCUUCUGAAACCAUUCCUCAACUUUGGACUGUUGACGAGUUCAGGAUCAAAGUGGAAAAGACGUAGAAAGUUAAUAACGCCGACGUUCCAUUUCAAAAUAUUGGAUCAAUUUUUAGACAUUUUUAAUGCGAGUAGCGACAUUCUCGUCAAGAAAUUAUUCAAUGAGGUGGGAAAAGAGUCGACUGAUGUUUAUCCUUACAUACAUCUAUUUUCGCUUGACGUAAUCUGUGAAACAGCAAUGGGUGUGAAAAUUUCCUCUCAAGAAGGCAAAAACUCCGAAUACGUAAAUUCUCUUAUCCACUACUUUGACAUCUUCAUAGUGCGUUUUUUUUCUGCGUGGAGACGAUUCGACUUUCUUUUUAAAUUUGCGCCGGAAUAUCCCAUACAGGAAAAAUACUUGGAGACUUUGCAAAGAUUUUCGACUAGCGUCAUAAAGAAACGUAGGUUAGAAAAAAGUCAAGAAGUCGUCGAAACAACUUCAGAUCUCGGAAUCAAGCGACGAGUCGCAUUGUUGGAUUUGUUGCUCGAAUCAGACGACUUAACUAACGACGAUAUUAAAGAAGAAAUUAACACUUUUAUGUUUGAGGGUCACGAUACCACGGCUUCUGGAGUUACUUUUGCGUUGCUAGCAUUGGCGGAAAAUCCAGAAGUUCAGCAAAAGGUAUACGACGAAGUUUUGGCGGUGGUUGGGGAUGAAACGUACGUGUCGAUGCAGCACUUACAAGACACGAAAUACUUGGAAAUGGUAAUCAAAGAAGUGCAGCGGAAAUACGGCGCAGUGCCGUUUGUCGAACGUCAGUUAGAAAUGGAUGCUACUAUACGUGGUGUUCAUUUUCCCAGAGGUACUACUUUGAAUUUGUACCUUUAUGGUGUCCACCACAACGAAAAAUAUUUUCCCGAGCCGGAAAAAUUCGACCCCGAUAGAUUUUGGCCACACAGGCAAUCAGAGAGACACAACUAUGCCUUCGUGCCUUUUAGUGCUGGUCCUAGAAAUUGUGUUGGGCAGAAAUUCGCCAUGCACGAUAUGAAGGUGACGAUCAUAAAAAUUUUGCAGAAGUUUGAAAUUUUAACAGUGCCUGGCUACAAACCUGAGUUGGGAAUGGCUGCAGUGUUGAAAUCUUACAAUGGAAUGCGGCUUCGGUUUAUAGAAAGAGAUAAUGAAUCUGAAAAAUAACUUGUAUCUUAUUGUUAAUUAUUGUUAUUAAAAUAAUCUUUUAUUUUGAGAA